UAAAAUUGCAGAAAUGGUAUACGACCAAAAUAGACAGUGUCCGAGAAAAGGUCGCAUAUUCAGUCAAUACCAAAUUCACCCUUCUCCUCCUUCCCUCAUUUCUCUUACCAUUUUCUUGUUUCCUCAUUUUCAAUUCGGUAUAAUUUUUUUCAUUUAAAAAAAAAGUUGCAGAGUUUUGUAGAAAUUGAGGCGGAGAAAAAAGAUGGAUUGGGCACCACCCGCUUGUGAAAAACAAUGCACCCAAAAAUUCGCUGCUCUUACCCAGAUUCCUUGGAGGGUAUUUUGUAAAAAAGGAUGCGGUGCUGAUGGAGAUACAUGGGAAGAAUGCCUGGAAACAUGUGAAGAGAUAUGUUACAAAGACCCGGUUUUAAAGGACCAGCAAUGGAGUGCGUACAUUGAUCGUUCUCCUGGUGCAGCCAUCCAAUCUCAGAGUUGCUUCCAUGCUUGUGUAGCUGGCUGUGGGUACAAGUUUGAUAUUCCGUCAGAAGAAGUUGAUCAAGUUCUUCCAAAUAGGCCUACUGAUCCCAUCCCAGUCCAGGAUCCAAAACAGUCGGCCAGCAGUGUAGCCAGUCCGCCACCACCUCAAUCUCACUCGUCAACCAACAAAUGACUGGAACUCCGGCUAUACAGCUGUCCUCAUCUUACUCAGACUUAACAUUGUCAUGUAGUAUAUUUUAACCUAUAUCAUUUUUGUCCACAGGAAUGUUUCGUCUUAACCGAUGAUAAAACCUGUUGUAUAGGAGAUGCUCGACUAUUAAAAGAAAAAAAAUUAUUGUACCAAGAACCAUUUAUGUUCUCAGGCUUGUACUAUCAUGGUAUCUACCAUUGUCCAUAGAUAGUGCAUGUUUAAUUAUCAUUGUAUAUACAUUGUUUACUUUAAUAGAUACUGCAUUGUUUUCUUAAGUAUAAA